UUUUGCAUCAUGGCGGCAUCGGAAGCAGCUUUGGCAACAUCGUUCAUGGAUCCUUUCAAGGAUGUACUUGUUAAUUAUUUAAUGCCGGAAAAAUGUUAUGACGAGUUUUUCUUACAGUUCAAUCUUCUGCACGUUGAUUGUUUGAAGAUUGUAAUCAGCAAAGGCUUGGGCAUUGGGAUUAUCCUUGGCUCUGUAUUAGUGAAGCUACCUCAGAUUCUGAAGCUGAUUGGUGCUAAAAGUGCUGAGGGCCUGAGUUUUAACUCUGUACUACUGGAGCUGUUUGCUAUCACAGGCACAAUGGCCUACAGUAUUGCCAACAGCUUCCCUUUCAGUGCCUGGGGUGAGGCCCUUUUCCUCAUGUUUCAGACAGUGAUCAUUGGUUUCCUCAUCCAGCACUAUGGAGGAAACACCAUCAAAGGUUUGGGGUUUCUGGUAGUUUACCUUGGUCUAUUGGCAGUUGUCAUCUCUCCCUUGACCCCCAUGUCCGUUGUCACUACCAUGCAGGCCUCCAAUAUGCCAGCCAUCAUCUUUGGACGGUUAAUUCAGGCUGGCACCAACUACAGCAAUGGCCACACUGGGCAGCUGUCAGCCAUCUCAGUGUUUCUACUGUUUGCAGGCUCCCUAGCGCGCAUAUUUACUACAGUGCAGGAAACAGGAGAUUCCCUCAUGGCUGUCACCUACAUCAUAUCUUCUUUUUGUAAUGGUGUGAUCGCUGCUCAGGUCCUUUACUAUUGGAACAGAAGCCCUGCCCUUAAGAAGAAGGCAGAGUAGAUCCUAACAAAAGGCGACAUGCAGGCAGAUUUCUAAUUCGGUGACCAGUGCUUUGAACAGCAGAUUUAGGAUGAAAUGUAUCCGAAUCAAAACAACGGUUCUAGUCAAAUUGAGCACUGUUACUUGUUCAGUUGUUUAAGGCAUUUUUAACAUCAGUGCAUGCACAAACAUGCUGGGAUGAAUACUGUAUAAAUAUUCAUUUAUUUCAGGUUCCCUUUAAUGGACCAAAAAGCUAAUGUGCAGUAUAGUGGGGGAUCCUUCUAUAAAUUGUAGGACUGUUUUGUUUUUCUAUUUACUCUGUGUUAGGGUAGCAGGUUACCAAUUCAGCACUUUCUUGGACCAUUUUCUUAGCUCAGGGAGGGGAAGUGUCCAUGGUAUUCUUCAACCCUGCACCAACAAACUUGUGUACUGAUUUUCUCUGAUUAUGAUUAGUCAUGUUUCAUGUUGCUGUCAACAAAAUCCUUGUGUUAGUACUGACAUACUCUCUCUUAAUCUUGACAUUACCCUGUCUGACUGUAUUUUUAUCAAAGCCCAUGCACUAGAAAUUAUGUUAUUUCCCCAUUUUUUCCCCUUCAUUCCUGCUGUUGUCUUGAAGAACUGGUUGGAAAACCAGUUCCUUAAUGCAACAGUUGGUGACAGCUCUUAUCUAUUCUGUUUCUGAAAAAAGAAAUACUAAUUUAGUAAUGCAAUACUAAUCUAAAGUAUUUUGAUAUGGCAUAUCUGUGAGGCAAAACUGCAGAGUGAGAUGAGCUUUCCAAGGUUUUCAAAGGUGAAUUCUAGAAUUGUAAAAGUCUGAAAAAAAAGAUGUGCAUAUUUUAAGCGUACGUACAUUUGUCAUUGUAUGCUAAAUAGUCCCAUCAUUAGUUUUUCCUACUGUGCAGACAAAUCCACCCCCAUGAACACUUAUUUCAAGUCUUCCAGAAACUCCAAACCUAGAAAAGCUCAUGUUGCUUAACACUCUAGGUAUCACAUUCUUAUGUGUUCAACAAAAUAAAUAAUUUUUCGUAAUGUUAUGGAUAGGUAUUUUAGUGAGUCAUUGUUCUGUUGUUUUUCAGUAGGAAGUAUCAAUGCCUGCAUUCAAAGUGUAAUCUUGAAUGACUGAUGUAUUGUAAAUCAAAGUGGGAACUGGGCAAAAUAUGGGGGGAAAAAAUCUACAAAGCACUUUCUCAAAUAAAAUGGUAGUGUUCAGUUGUUGGUCAGGUUUUUUCAUCACUAAAAAUAUAUAUUUGCCUAUUUUAAAGAUUUAGGAUUUUAAUUCUUUAACAAAAUUCCAUCAAAUUGUAUUGUGUAAUUUUUAACAAAAUUAAAUUUAGUUGAAAUAUUUAGUUUCUAAAAUAUUAGUUUGUUCUAGAUUACUUAAUUUAAUUUGAUGGAAUUUUGUUAUGAAAUAAAAAAAUAUAUGAUUUUGCUGUCUCCAGGUUAAAGGAAAUUAAUUAAUUUAUUUGUAUUAAUUUUUUUUAAUGUGAACAGCUAUUAUUCAUUAUUUCCAUUCAUUACAAGAAUUAUAAAUUCCAGAUGGCUGUAAUUACGGUUUUAACUGAUCCACGGGCAAAAGUAACAGCAAACUUUUGACCAUUAAGUCAAACAUUUCCAACAGAUAACUAGUGUUCAUUGCUGUUUGUUCACAAAGCAUUUCCUGAUCUGUAGUGUGAAAUGUGUCAAAAGAAGAUGUAUUCACUUGUAGACAGUUUAACAGAAUAAAAGGUUGUAUUCUC